GACGUCGCGCGCACCUGGAGGUGACCCGCACUCGCCAAGUCGAUGGCAACAGGAGGGGCGCCACCUACCGUAGGCAGAGACCAUGGCGGCCCGGAGGGAAUGGACCCCGAAGGCGUCAUCGAGAGCAACUGGAAUGAGAUUGUGGAUAACUUUGAUGAUAUGAACCUGAAAGAGUCUCUGCUUCGGGGUAUCUAUGCUUACGGUUUUGAGAAACCUUCCGCUAUUCAGCAGAGAGCCAUCAUCCCCUGCAUCAAAGGGUAUGAUGUGAUUGCUCAAGCUCAGUCAGGUACUGGCAAGACAGCCACAUUUGCUAUUUCCAUCCUGCAACAGUUGGAGAUUGAUCUCAAGGAGACCCAAGCACUAGUAUUGGCCCCCACCAGAGAACUGGCUCAACAGAUCCAAAAGGUCAUCCUGGCCCUUGGAGACUAUAUGGGAGCAACCUGCCAUGCCUGCAUUGGGGGGACCAAUGUUCGAAACGAGAUGCAAAAACUCCAGGCUGAAGCGCCUCAUAUUGUCGUCGGGACGCCAGGGCGCGUGUUCGACAUGCUCAACAGGCGCUAUCUCUCUCCCAAAUGGAUCAAGAUGUUCGUUCUGGAUGAAGCCGAUGAGAUGCUGAGCCGGGGGUUUAAGGAUCAGAUCUAUGAGAUUUUCCAGAAGCUGAGUACAAAUAUUCAGGUUGUGUUGCUUUCCGCUACAAUGCCAACAGAUGUUCUGGAGGUGACCAAAAAGUUCAUGAGGGAUCCUAUUCGUAUUUUAGUGAAGAAGGAAGAAUUGACUCUGGAGGGAAUCAAGCAAUUCUACAUUAACGUUGAAAGAGAGGAAUGGAAGCUGGAUACUCUCUGUGACUUGUAUGAGACCCUCACCAUUACUCAAGCCGUCAUUUUCCUGAAUACGAGAAGAAAGGUGGAUUGGCUCACCGAAAAAAUGCACGCCAGGGAUUUCACCGUUUCCGCUCUGCAUGGGGACAUGGACCAGAAGGAGCGGGAUGUUAUCAUGAGGGAGUUCAGGUCGGGCUCAAGCCGAGUUCUCAUCACUACCGACUUGUUGGCUCGUGGGAUUGACGUGCAACAAGUUUCUCUGGUUAUAAACUAUGACUUGCCUACCAAUCGUGAAAACUACAUUCACAGAAUUGGCAGAGGCGGUCGCUUCGGCAGGAAAGGCGUGGCGAUCAACUUUGUCACCGAAGAAGACAAGCGGAUUCUCCGUGACAUUGAGACUUUCUACAAUACUACCGUGGAGGAGAUGCCAAUGAAUGUGGCUGAUCUUAUUUAGUCCCCGGGAUGAGGUGGUUUCGAAUGCAGUGCUCGCUGUUGCUGAAUGAGGCGAUUUCACAACGUGCAUUGUGCUUCUUUGGGGAAAUACACUGAACCUCGUCUCGAUGCUCAACGGAUCAGAAUUUCAGAUUUUUGUGGAUAGCGGAGCGACUCUGGCCGUGAGCUCUUGUGGGGAAAGCUGCUGGCCUUUUCCUCGUUAGAGUUAGACUGUUGGGGUGGGUAGAGAAGAUGGGGUCUGUAAAAUCUUUCUUUGUUAGAAACCCGUUCCCUAGUUCAUUGGAGUUGGUGGUCUUAGAUGUUCUCUAUCACUUAAUAAUUUACUUGUGGACUAAAAGAUAUAAGUGCUGUAUAAAAUCAGCCAAUUAUGUUAAACUAGCCUAUCUGCCCUUACUGUGUUGUCAUUAGCCCGGUUAGGAAAUCUCUUUUUUAGAAUAAGCAUCUUCAGUGCGUUUUGUUCGGUAUUGUAUUUAUUCAAUCGAAUAAAGUAAUUAUUGCUAGGUGUGAACUGGACCCUGUUGCUCAACCCCCAGCAAGCAAAUCAGCCUAGAUAGAGGGUUAAACCCAGUCAAAUUGCCAUAUUGCACAUGUCUUAAUGAGGUUUGAAUGUUCAAUAAAUGACUUACUUAUAAAUGCAA